AAUUCAUCCAUGGCUUCUGCCGGCCUCCAGAUCCUGGGCAUAGUCCUUUCAUUGCUGGGCUGGAUAGCAAUGAUAGUGUCCUGUGCCAUGCCCAUGUGGAAAAUCACAGCCUUCAUUGGCAAUAACAUCGUGGUGUCCCAGGUGACGUGGGAAGGCCUCUGGAUGAAUUGUGUGGUCCAGAGCACCGGCCAGAUGCAGUGCAAGGUGUAUGACUCCCUGCUGGCCCUGCCUCGGGAACUGCAAGCAGCUCGGGCCCUCACUGUUGUGGCUCUGCUUCUGGCCUUGGUGGGCCUGCUCAUCUACCUUGCUGGGGCCAAGUGCACCACGUGCAUAGAAGACGAGGAACCCAAGGCUCGACUAGUUCUGGCUUCAGGGAUCAUUUUCCUCAUCACGGCAGUCCUGGUCCUGAUCCCUCUGUGCUGGACUGCCCACGUGAUCAUCAGGGAUUUCUACAACCCUCUGGUGGCUGAAGCUCAGAAACGGGAGUUGGGACACAGCCUCUACGUGGGCUGGGCAGCUGCAGGUUUAUUUCUACUAGGUGGGGGGCUAUUGUGCUGCACUUGCCCCUCUGGCAGCUCAAGGAGCACAAGCCAUUAUGUGGCCCGAUACUCCGCUUCUGCUCCUCCCCCAGGGGGCUCCCGAGGUCCUUCAGAAUAUCCAACCAAGAAUUAUGUGUGAAUCUGGAAGAAAGGGAGUAAGGGGGGAAAGUACCGACAAAUGACUCCCUCACAGUAGGGAGGUCUCCUUCCCCUGCUUCCCUUCCAAGAUGGAACGACAGGUGACCCUGUCAGUCUUGGAGAUUUUUGGCUUUUUUUUUCUACUAAAACCCCUUGGAUGACUGAGCCAAAGGAAGAUUCCAUAUCCCUUCCUAGUCUUUACUGCUGCUA